CUUCAUAGAUUAAAAGGUGGCAAAAUGUUUUGGGGUCUAAGCUCAGCAUUGGAUUUCUAUGAGGAAUACUUGAAAGCGUUUAAACUCCAGCCGGAUGUGGCAGAUGCCUCCGGGGAGCAAGGAGUUCAAAUUGUAGAGAUUACAGAUAACGAGCAGUCUGAACCGGAAGUAGAAGCCACUAUACCGGAAACGUUGAAUAUACUGAUUUGUGGUGGAGCCGAUCCACGUCAUGUUAUCAAAACCAUGGCCAAACGCUACACCCACAACUACAGACCCAAGCUAAACAUCUAUUUGUUGGAUGGAUGCGUUGAGAUUGCAGCAAGGAAUAUGCUGCUAUUGGGUGUGGCAUUGGAGUCACCCGAGGCAUUCAAUUUAAUUAGCAAGGUUCAUUUGUUUAUGGACAUUUACGGCAAUACACUGAUGAGGCCCAGCUCACACCAAUAUAUGGCGGCCAAGGGUCGAACUCUGCUCAAAAUGGUGACCGACGAUGAUGAGCUACAGCGUUUGGCACCUAUCCUAAAUAUAGAAGGAAUGAAAUACAAGGAGCGCGACAGUCUUGAAAUGGCUUUCAACUUCUGGCAGCCAAAGCCGCAGCACGUGUUCAAAAUUGAGGAGUACUGGGAACGACGUGUGCGUGCCCUUUUGGGCAAUCGUUAUGACCAUCGUCAGGGCGCAUUCGAUUGGGACCUGAGCAUGACCCUUAAGGAUCGAGAGGCUCAGCAAAUUUGCUCUCAGGAAUAUCGUUACUGGCGCGAGUGUGGCAUUGCCUUUGUGUUUCCGGAAUACGAGCAUUGCAAGCCCAAUAAAACUUUUGCCGUUGGCUUGGUGCGCAACGGACAGACCUAUUUGCAUCGCGGCUACGUGGGUGACGUCCAGACGGGUCCCUUCUGCGCCUUUGGUCUACGUAGUACUGAGGAGCGCAUGCACAAGUCGGUUCAUGGGGAUAAUGAUUAUCGUUCUACAGACGUGACCGAGCGUAACCUGCUUGAGUUUUUCCAUGAACUACAGACAAAAACUGCUUACGAGCAUGAUGAGUCGCGCUCUCGUCGAUAUGGCGCCGUGCAGCUGCAGAUGGGGGCACGCCUCAUCUACGACGAAAGCGAUGCGCAGGGGCUGGAGAACUAUGACAAGCCCUGGGUCGAUGUGCCCGAUGUGAAAUUGCAUUUUGUGUCGCCUGAGGAGGUUCUGCAACUGAAGGGAGGCGCAGCGCGUUGGAGGAGCUUUUUUGACGUUGCCUUUGUGGCACAAAACUACUUUCCAUUCCUGACAAAGGAGUUCUUCGGCUGCCUACGUGAACAGGCGUUAUUCGUACUGGAAACAAAGCUGCUGACCGUCGAACGAAAGGAACAGUUAAGCAGCUACGAGUCGAAGGCUAAGGAGCUAUUCAAACAAGCUGAACUACAGCCCGUCAUCAACUAUCAAGUCAUCAAUGGCCAUAAUAUGGUGCUGAAGUACAAGAAGAGCAUUUCUAACAAUUAAUUUACAAUUUAUUGAUUAUUUAAUUUUUCAAUUAUAGAAUCUAAAUUUGUAUUAUGCAGGAAGACAAAAAAAUUCAA